AUGGGACAUAAGAAUCAAACUUUCAGCAGUGAUUUCAUUCUUUUGGGAUUGUUCUCGUCUUCCCAAACAAGUCUGGUGUCCUUCUUGUUUAUAUUUAUCAUUUUUGUUGUGACCGUAGCAGAAAACACACUCAUGAUCCUCCUCAUCCGCAGCGACUCUCGACUCCAUACUCCAAUGUAUUUCCUGCUCAGCCAUCUCUCUGCUAUGGAUAUCCUACAUAUUUCCAACAUUGUUCCCAAAAUGCUUGCCAACUUUCUGUCAGGCAGCAGAACUGUUUCAUUUGCAGGUUGUGGAUUCCAGGUAUUUCUGUCCCUCACCCUCCUGGGUGGCGAGUGCCUUCUUCUGGCUGCGAUGUCCUGUGACCGCUAUGUGGCCAUCUGUCACCCCCUGUGCUAUGCGGUCCUCAUGGACGACUGUGCCAGCGUUCUCAUGGCCGGAGGGUGCUGGCUUGUUGGGACCCUCAACUCCAUAGUUCACACAGCUUACGUGCUCCACUUUCCCUUCUGUGGCUCUAGGGCCAUUGAUCACUUUUUCUGUGAAGUCCCUGCCAUGCUGAAGUUGUCCUGUGUAGACACCUGGCGCUAUGAACAAGGAGUUUACCUAAGUGGCAUCAUUUUCCUACUGAUCCCUUUCUCCGUGAUCUCUGCUUCUUAUGUCCAGAUCCUCCUUACUGUCCUUCAAAUGAAAUCAUCAGAGGCACGGAAAAAGGCAUUUUCCACUUGUUCCUUCCACAUGAUUGUGGUCAUAAUGUACUACGGGCCGUUUAUUUUUACAUACAUGAGACCUAAAGCAUACCACACUCCAGGCCAGGACAAGUUCCUGGCAAUAUUCUAUACCAUCCUCACACCCACACUGAACCCUGUAAUCUACAGCUUUAGGAAUAAAGAUGUUCUGGGGGCAAUGAAAAAUAUGCUCAAAAGUAACCUUCUGCAUAAAAAAAAUGGAUAG